AUGACUACGUCGCGCCCCGCGCUUGCUUCGGAAGACAACCGCGGCGAUAUGCACCCUGCAUUUCCGCCUGGUUUUGAGAAGCUUGGCCAGUCGCCCGAUGCACUUGCUGCACUGCAGCAGUUGACAAAGGUGCUGCAGCAGAACGGCGUGGAUGUGACUGGAAAGACACGUCCCAGCAUGGUUCAACUCGCCACUCUUGCGACCAAGAAGGAGGUGCGCGAGGCGACGGCAAAGGUGGUCGAGGAGCUGAAAAAAGUUGGCGUCGAUCUUACGCCGGAGCGCCUGCAGAGCCUUAUGAAUGGCGACUUUAGCAGCAAGUAA